GGCGCCAAUUGCAAGCGCAUGCUCCCACGACUCUUUACUCACUGACCACGUCAAUCAUUUGGUGUCUGCCUCAUUCAAUACAGCUCCCGCUCGUUCGCAGUGAGCCAGAGAGCUGCUGCAUCUUGGACUUGCCACCACUUAUCGAAUAGUCGCAUCACGCUCAACUCCUCCAUCGCGGACAUGGACCACCAUCCGAGUCUCCCAUCUCCACGUCUGCCCACCGAAAUAUGCGACUACAUACUCGAUCACCUAUGGGACGACCACAAGACCCUCAAGGUCUGCAGCCUCGUCACGCGAGAAUGGCUCCCCACGACGCGGAAACAUCUUUUCGAUUUCGUUGGUAUCAUUACCAAGCCGCAGCGCGUCGCCUUUGAGGAUGUGAUUCUUCGUUCGGGAGACGCGGUGGCACUCUGUGUCCGAAAGCUGGACUUGAAAUGGGAGCUCGGGGUUAGCCGUUCCCCCCCAAUUCCCGUCUCCGUGGCUCGAAUGAUAGCAUCUCUCGGCCGGCUAGAGGAGCUCACCCUCCGAGGUACCAUAUGGAGCGAUUCUCACUCUCCCCCGAAGACUACAACGUGGCCGGUACUGCCCAUGGUGAAGGCUCUUCAUCUGCGCAUCAGUAUCGUCGCCGCCGUCGUAAGCCUGCAGCGAUUCAUCUGUGCAUGCCCCUCGCUGUCCUCCCUAGAGCUGCAGAUAGGACGAACCUCAGUUUCCCACCGUUCGCACACCCAUCCUCCAACGGUCAUCCCGAGAUCGAUAGUGCUCGAGACUUUGCAAUGCAGUCUCGAUGAGCCAGACCCCAUGCUGGGAUGGCUGCUGUAUGGUGGCCUGAAGCUGCGCAUGCGUCGACUAGCGAUUACUGUACCCGACUAUCCGACCUCAGGCAAUUACCUCAGGACGGGCGACGUCCAAGCCCUGUUGCGUGCAUCUGGUGAAUGUCUGGAGCAUCUCAUCGUCAGGGUGGAAACCGAGAUCUUCUCCUCCUAUUCACCAGAUAGGCAACAAGCGGCGCUGGCGCACAAUCCGAACUUGGUCUCAAUCUACGUGUCGAGCAUAUGGUGUGGGUUUUCUGAUGACGUCCCUGAUGACGGGCCGUACUCCAAUGGCUGGCUGGGCCUGCUCACAAUCCUUGUUGACAUCCAAUCCAUGCACACGAAGCUGCAGUCAAUCGACAUCACGUUCAUUACGGCAUUCAAGCCGGAUUUCACAAGUUUGUCUUGUGAGCAGCUUGAUGCCGCCCUGGCGCGAGUUAUGGAUACCCACCCGCAGUUGAUCUUGACCGUAUGGAUAAGGUGCGAUUGUGAUAAACCAAUGCCAUGGCUGGCGGAAUUCGCCGAAGCACUUUUGCAAGGCUUGGUCAGGGCGCAGGCGGGGCGGGGCAGACUCUGUUUGAUGUGGCUGAACGGUUACGAUGAGAUUAACGAGUUAGGUCGCGGUAUGCUACCGUCCUGGUGUUCGCUGUGAUGAUGUGGAAGGGCUCUCCAUUCAUCUUUCCUCCUCGGCGAAGCUUUUCAUGUACAUCACCUUUUCAGGCUUUGCUUGUUAUGCGCUUCGGGCUAUAUUUCGUAGAUUCCACCUUCCGCCUGCGCGCGAGUCGCAGGGCAUUGUCCCACAGUUCAGAGCGAUGUAAUGAGGGUUCACGUUGACGGCUCAUUCAAGCGAAACAGAUUAUGCUC